UUAGCGUCCAUGUUGCGACAUUUGUUUUAUUAUAUCGACAAUGUUGGUUAGUGUGCUUGACUACGGAGCUGGUAACAUUCUCAGCCUUGUCAAUGCACUGAAGUCACUUAAUCACGAUGUUUUAUUCAUCGAGACUCCUCAGCAGAUCCUAGCUGCUCACAAAUUGGUCUUUCCAGGCGUGGGAGCAUUUGCCAGCGCCAUGCACGGUCUAAAACAAUCUCCAGGAAUUGUGGAGGCACUUAAAAUUUACCUAGAAUCGAACAGGCCGUUUCUGGGCAUCUGCGUUGGCUUACAGACUUUAUUUUCGGGCAGUGAGGAGUCGCCGGGCAUAGAAGGUCUCGGUUUGAUUCAAUCAACUGUAAAACUGUUGAGAGGUGAGGGACUGGCUGUUCCACACGUGGGUUGGAAUGGUGUAAACGUGCGGAGAGACAAUACAAUUCUUCUCGAAACAAAUGCCGAUGAGAUGUAUUACUUUGUUCAUUCAUAUGCGGCUGUGGUGGACGAGGCCACUUCUGAUUGGCUGCUGGCCACUUCGGACUACGGAUGUGAGUUUGUGAGUGUCGUUCAACGAGGCAACGUUGUGGCGACUCAGUUCCAUCCUGAAAAGAGUGGAGCUAUUGGUUUAGCACUACUACAGCGAUUCGUUGAUUGUGACCCGGUUGUUGAUGUACCUCGUGAUCUUAUGCCCAUACGUCCUGUCACGAAGCCCACCCGGUUGGCUAAACGAGUGGUUGCCUGUUUAGAUGUGCGAGCUAACGACAAUGGUGAUUUGGUCGUUACAAAGGGUGAUCAAUAUGAUGUGAGAGAGAGAGUUGCGACGAACGAUCGAGGUCGAGUUCGAAAUCUUGGAAAACCGGUGGACUUAGCGGCAAGAUAUUACGAAGAAGGAGCCGACGAGAUCGUCUUUCUAAACAUUACGAGUUUUCGAAAUUGUCCGUUACAGGAUUUACCAAUGCUUGAAGUACUGAGGAAAGCUUCUGAGAAGAUAUUCGUGCCUCUUACCGUUGGUGGAGGUAUCAGAGACAUGCAUGCACCGAAGACAAAUGACAGCAAGUCUGAUGUUGGAUUUUAUAGUGCACUGGAUGUUGCUGCUGCUUACUUUCGUUCUGGAGCAGAUAAGAUAUCUAUUGGCAGCGAUGCGGUAUACGCGGCUGAGGAAUAUGUUGUGAGUGGAGGAAAGAAGACGGGAAAGACAUCGAUUGAGAUGAUAGCAGCAACGUAUGGAAAACAAGCUGUUGUUAUAUCUGUUGAUCCAAAGAGAGUGUAUGUUGCCUCUCCGACUGAAGUUGUGAGACAUCGUGUUAUUAGAACUGUUAACAGAGGUCCUAAUGCUGAAGAGUAUUGUUGGUAUCAGUGCACGGUGAGUGGAGGAAGGGAAAGCCGUGAUAUCGAUGUUCACGAAAUGGUAAAGGCUUGUGAAGAUCUUGGAGCUGGAGAGAUCAUGCUUAACUGCAUAGACAAGGAUGGUACCAAUUCUGGAUAUGACAUUGAGUUUAUUGCUGACGUGAAGGCAGCAGUGCAUAUUCCGGUCAUUGCAUCAAGUGGGGCGGGUUGUGCUGCUCAUUUCUCUGAAGUCUUCCAGAAAACAAACGCAGAUGCAGCUCUAGCAGCAGGAAUAUUUCACCGCCAUGAAGUACCAAUAGAAACGGUAAAGAAACAUCUCGCACAGCAAGCAAUCACAGUGAGACAGCAAUAACGAUGCAUUUCUUGUUAUUCUGUUAUACGCAUUACAGAAAUUUUAAUCACGUGAUU